AUGGCGAGCGCAACAACAUGCCCAGGCGCCGCGAUCCCCGACAUCUCCAACCUACCGAUCCCUCACGACAUCAACCUCAUGGUCAUCCCGGGGGCCAGUACGCAGGAUCCCGCCAUGGUCGUCUGUUGCGAGCCCAACCCUGUCCAGAUCGUUAAUGGAUGCUGGCUGUGGUGCGAAGUACCGGCGUCGUACUUCGUCAACGGUACGCCCGACAACGCUGUGCAGCAGGCGGUUGCGACCUGCUUGCGGACCAACGGACGGAACUUCACCGAGCCUCGCAUUACCGGUUGGCAGUUCAACGCGGCGGGUCGAGUUGGAGCGGGCUCGGUGAAGACGGUCAGUCUCUGGGUCCUGGCGCUCUCUGGGCUGGUGUAUGUUUUGUAG